AUGCGCCUGCGCCUCCAUUAUGAUGAUGUCGCCUGGGAGAAGAGCGAGGAGAUCAUUGAUACCCGGGUACAACAGCUUCUUGAUCCUGAGGUUCUUGCAUCCGUUGGCAAUUUUCUUGUCAAAUACCGUCGUCCAAAUAAGCCGGGUCUUUUCGAUGUUCUAGCCAAAGGGGCCUUUAACAUCCUCUUCAAGAUAACAUACAAGAACACGAGCGCUGCUGUGAUACGCUUCCCACAGCCGGGUGCUAUCAUGUUCCCUGAAGAGAAACUCCGUAAUGAAGUCGCUAUAAUGCGAUAUAUUCGAGGUAAAACCUCAAUUCCGGUACCUUUCAUCUACCACUGGGGGAAUAAAGAUCAGAGUCCACUGAAACUCGCGGGCGUUGUUGAUUUGGAAUUCACCUAUGCAGCCCCAGUUGAAUUUUCCUACGCGCCACCUUGGUGGCUUCUUAUCGAAAAGCCCGAGUACUGGCCUCAAGGCUUGGAUGACUGGUGUAUGCAAUAUGAGCGGCAACUUCAGACCUUCCUCAAAGCACUGACUCGUCACGAAGACGUUGAGAUGCAGAAUGGUAGACUAAUAAGUGAUCAGCGACUGUCUAGUCCGAUGGAAGCAAGCUGGAGAAGUGGAGAUUUCUGGGUGGUGUACGCCGCAAUGAACAACUUUGCCUUUGACUCGAUAUACUGGCAAAGGAUUGAUCAGCGAUAUUUCGGAUCAGCGACUUGUGCCUUGGAAGAUGUCUGGCAGCAAAGAUUGGAUCUCUUGGAGCCGGAAGAACGAGAUGAAAUGGAGAAAUACGUUGCUCUCAAAGUCGAAGAGAUGGAAAGCAGAGUCUUGGCAUGGGAUCCCGACGAGUAUACUUUGGAGUUUGCGAAGACCAAGCUUGAGAGCCAGACCACCAAGGAGGGUGACGAAAAUGCGUCUUAG